AUGCUAGAUCCUCCUCCUGAUGGAGGUUAUGGGUGGGUCUGUGCGAUUUGUGUUCACUUGAUUAAUCUUUCAUCAUGGGGAGGAAACUGUUCAUUUGGCGUGUUUCUAUCUCAUUACUUGGAAUCAGAUUCCUUUCAUGGGGCAGAUAAAUUUGAUUUUGCCCUAGUUGGUACUAUUGCUAUCUUUUUGUCAAUGUUUUUAGUUCCAUUAGUUUUGAUUUUAAAUGACUAUUUAAAUAUUCAAACCGUUGUGUUCAUUGGAGCUAUUUGCCAAACAGUUGCUUAUAUCGGUGCAUCGUUUUCAACAAAGCUUUAUCAAUUGUAUUUAAGUCAGGGCCUACUUAUGGGCAUAUCGUAUGCUCUACUAUUAAGCCCAGCUUGUAUUGUAUUGCCAACCUGGUUUCUUAAAAAGAGAUCACUAGCAUUUAGUAUUGGUGUUGCUGGUACUGGUCUUGGUGGUGCAAUAUUCAACGUCAGUGCUCAAGCCUUGAUAGAUAAAACCAACGAUCACAGAUGGGCCUUGAGGAUGAUUGGAAUUGUCACUGGAGUAUUGUGCUUAGUCUCUGCAGUUUUAAUCAGAACAAGAAAACCUUUGCUAAUUGUCAAUGAUAAUGAUAGCACCAGUAACGAUCCUCUUAUUCAGAAGAAAUCCUUUCAAGCAUCUUUUUCAAAAAUUUUCGAUUUAGCCAUUUGGAAAAACAAGCAUUUGUUUUUAGUGAGUAUUUGGUUUUCCUUGUGUGGUUGUUUGGGGUAUGUCUCAAUCAACUAUUCUUUAUCAAACUAUGGCAUUUCCAUUGGUUUAACACCUUACCAGGCUUCUAUUUGUGUCACAAUAUUUGAUGCUGGCCAGGUUUUCGGAAGACCACUAAUUGGGUAUCUAUCUGAUCGAUAUGGAAGAGUUAAUAUGGCAAUACUCUUUUGUUUUCUAACGUUUUUGUUGACCUAUUGCUUUUGGAUUCCUGCCACCACUUAUGCUUCUCUAUUGGUCUUUUCAUUUGUAGCAGGUUUUGUUGUAUGUGUUCCCUGGACUUCUUAUGUUCCCUUGGGCUCCGAUAUUGUUGGUGCAGUUAAUUUUCCUUCUGCUUUUAGUAUUUUGAACGUAAUCAGUUCUGGUUUUGCAUUGGUUGCUGAAAUCAUCACUUUAGAAUUGAGGGACUAUUCUAUCAGCAAACCAUUUCUUUGGUGCCAGAUUUAUAUUGGUCUUCUUUAUUUAACCAGUAUUAUUUUUCUAAUUCCUAUCAGAGAGUAUAAAGUCAGACUCUUACUAAAUGCAAAAGGACCAGAGAAUAGUAGACUUUUGAAGUCUGAUCUUAAAUCAUACUUCAAAAGAGUAAUAUAUAACACAAUUGUUUAA